AACAUAAUUUGAAGCAAUGCUAAAGGAGCAGAGCCUUUAAAAUAUUUCUAACUCUUCAGAUGAUGCAUGUUUGAGACUUUGGAAGAUCUUUUGAGUGUGCAGACAUAGCUAUGAGAUGAGCUUGCAAACAAAUGAGUGAUUCAAGUCCACUAGAUGACUGUGUUCAACUGACUUCAGUCAUGCCUUUAGAUGUUUCCAGCCCAUCCCAGACAGCUCCCACCAUGAACAGAGCAGAGAUCAACGGGGAGCCUGAUGUCUCCAGUAGCAGCAGGCAGGUGCCAGUCAGCAACAAGAGGGCCUACUUUACUGUGGCCAUACUUCUGCUGGUCAACUUGCUCAAUUACAUGGAUAGGUUUACAGUGGCUGGUGUGUUGAUAGAGGUCAAAUCUUUCUACAAGUUAGGUAACUCAUCAGCUGGGUCUAUACAGACAGCAUUUAUUUGUACUUACAUGGUCUUCUCCCCUAUCUUUGGCUACCUUGGAGACAGAUAUACACGCAAAUAUUUGAUGGCUGCUGGCAUCUUUCUCUGGUCAGGGUUUACACUGGCUAGUUCAUUCAUCUCACAAGAUUACUUUUGGCUGUUUGUGCUGCUAAGAGCCCUAGUUGGGAUCGGAGAAGCCAGCUACUCCACCAUCGCCCCCACCAUCAUAGCUGACCUAUUUGCCAGUGACAAGAGAACCAAAGCUCUCAUGGUCUUUUACUUUGCCAUUCCAGUUGGAAGUGGCCUGGGUUAUAUUGUUGGUUCAAAUGUUGCUGAGCUUCUGCAUGGUUGGCAGUGGGCGCUCAGGGUGACACCAGUGCUGGGAGUUGUGUGUGUUAUUCUGAUAGUUCUCUUCUGUGUUGAGCCACCGCGGGGCAUGUCAGAAGGAAGUGACGUGCAUCUCACCAACACAGACCUCAAAACAGACUUGAAGGCUCUCUGGUUCAAUAAGAGCUUCAUGCUGUCCUCAGCAGGUUUCACCUGUGUUGCCUUUGUCACAGGUGCACUAGCCUUCCUGGCACCAUCCUUUAUGGUCUACUCAACAAUGUUCCAGCACCACGAGCAGACAGAGUCACAGAUCAGUUUGAUCUUUGGAGGUAUAACAGUAGCUGCUGGCUUUAUUGGCGUUGGGCUUGGUGGGGAAAUAGCUUGCCGCUACAAGAGGGUCAAUCCACGAGCUGACCCAUUGGUCUGUGCCAUGGGCAUGUUGACCUGUGUGCCCUUCCUCUUCUUCGCUCUUGUCCUCUCCAGGUACAGCACACCUGCCACAUGGGUUCUAAUAUUUAUAGGUGAAACUGCCCUGUGUUUAAAUUGGGCUGUCACUGCUGAUAUCUUGUUGUAUGUUGUCAUACCAACACGUCGUUCACUGGCAGAGUCAGGGCAGAUCCUUAUGUCCCAUGCUUUUGGUGAUGCCAUCAGUCCUUAUGUCAUUGGCCAGAUCACAGAUGUGCUGGCCAGUGGCUACAGAGAUCCUGCCCUUCCCUCAGCGCAGUUUACAUCCAUGCAGAAUGCGCUGUACCUGACCACUUUCAUUAGUGUACUAGGUGGAGCCUUCUAUCUAGCCACUGCACUCUUCAUAGAGAGAGAUAAGAAAUCUGCUGAAAAAGAUACACAUGGUAACACAGCAGGACUGAAGAAGGAACAGGAGGUUGGCGCGAAGGUCGGGGUGGACAAUGCAGGGGCAGACUUGCCUGAGAAAACUAAACUUUAAACUUUGAUUGGAUUGAAAGAUUGUCUCGUUACACUUGCAUUGUUUUGUGUGUGUUAUUUUAAAAGCGUUUUUAAAAAUGUAAAAAAAAGCAACUAUUUAAAGCAGUUAUCUAUUUUAAGACCUCUUUUCUAUCCCGUUUCAUUGUCUUUCGUUUCUUUCUGCUUUUUACAGUCCAUAUCGUUUGUUGUGAACUGCCCAUAUUAUAUAAGCCACAAACUGCCCUUAUAGACCCAUGCAAGAAAAUGUCCUGUUAGAAUUGAUUGGCCCAACAUUUAUGUAAGAUUUGUGCCUUGAUUGGCCUAACUUGUAUGUAAGAUUUGUGGCUUGAUUGGCACAACAUGUAUGUAAGAUUUGUGGCUUGAUUGGCCCAGCAUGUAUGCAAGAUUUGUGCCUUGAUUGGCCCAGCAUGUAUGUAAGAUUUGUGGCUUGAUUGGCCCAACAUGUAUGUAAGAUUUGUGGCUUGAUUGGCCCAACAUGUAUGUAAGAUUUGUGGCUUGAUUGGCCCAACAUGUAUGUAAGAUUUGUGGCUUGAUUGGCCCAACAUGUAUGUAAGAUUUGUGGCUUGAUUGGCCCAGCAUGUAUGCAAGAUUUGUGCCUUGAUUGGCCCAACAUGUAUGUAAGAUUUGUGCGGAGGCUCAGUAUUUCAUUGGACUAUUGACCUGUAUUAAGAUAUAGUAAUAGUAUGCCAAGUUUUUAGUUGACUUUAGUCAGUCGAUAAAGCAACGCUAUCCAUCCAUAUAUUUUGUUCUCCCCCCACCCCCCCGUUGACUCAUUCAUGAGUCAUUAUCCCAACUACAACUAAUUAUGUUGGGGUUGAUGAUUCAAAACAUGAUUACAAUGACUGCAAUCAUUUUUUUUUCUGUAUGAUUUCUUGUUCUGGCUGUGUCCCUAGUUAUUUCUUACCCCCCCCCCCCCCCCCCCACUUUACCGCACAAAGCGCUAGAAACCUGGCUGAGAGACGCUCAAGGUAAAACUGGAACAUUCAAGUCAAUUAUAGCAAUGUUGGUGUUGAUAAUUCAAGUCAAUUAUAGUAAUGUUGGUGUUGAUAAUUCAAGUCAAUUAUAGCAAUGUUGGUGUUGAUAAUUCAAGUCAAUUAUAGCAAUGUUGGUGUUGAUAAUUCAAGUCAAUUAUAGCAAUGUUGGUGUUGAUAAUUCAAGUCAAUUAUAGCAAUGUUGGUGUUGAUAAUUCAAGUCAAUUAUAGCAAUGUUGGUGUUGAUAAUUCAAGUCAAUUAUAGCAAUGUUGGUGUUGAUAAUUCAAGUCAAUUAUAGCAAUGUUGGUGUUGAUAAUUAACGGUCUAAUAUAUACAAACGUUUCUACAUAAGAAUAAAAAAU